AUGGAUAAUAACAACAAUACUACUACAACCUCCACCUCUUCCUCACCAAAUAUCGAGGAAAAAAAAAAAAUUAAUCAUUUGGUAGUUUUACAACAUGGGUUACAUGGUACUUUCGAAGAUUUCAAUACAAUUAAAAAUCACUUUAUAAAACAAAACUAUGACAAUUGUGUAUUUAUAUCUGCAAAAAGCAAUAGUUAUUUUUUAGCAACACAUGACGGUAUAAAUAAAAUUGGUACAAGAUUAUAUAAAGAGGUUUUAGAACUAUAUGAGCAAUAUGAUCAUCCAGAGAAAAUUUCAAUGAUAGGACACAGUCUAGGUGGAUUAAUUACAAGAUAUGCUAUUGGACUAUUAUAUAGAGAUGGUUUUUUCGAACGUUGUAAACCUGACCAAUUCAUAAGUUUAUCAUCACCGCAUUGCGGAAGUAGAAGACCAAGUACAACAGUAUUUAAUAAAAUUGCACAUGUAUUUGUUGACAACCUUUUAUCAGUUACCGGUAAACAAUUAAUUUUAAAUGAUCUACAUUCAUUAGAAAGUGACUCACCAAAAACAACAACAGUAUCACCAACAGCAGCAGAAACAACAGCAACAUCAACAACAACAGAAACUGGAUCCCCAACCAUAACCAUUAUUGAAAAAAAAGAAGAAAAUGAAAUUAUUACAAAUGACCAAAGUGUACCAUUGCCAUUGCUAGUUAGAAUGACUGAGGGUAUUUUCUUUGAGGGUCUUAAACAAUUCAGAAAGCGUGUUCUAUAUUCUAAUAUUUACAACGAUAUCCAAGUUAAUUUUUGUACCUCUGACAUUUCUGCUAAAAACCCAUACACACUAGGCAAAACUAUGAAAUUCACAGAAAAAUACAAACAUGUUAUUGAAGAAGAAACCAUUUUGGAUAUUGACCCAGAGGUAUUAGAAAAACUCGAAGAGGAUGAAGAUUCAAAUGAAGGCUAUAAAGAAUCAAACACCAAACAAACAACAAAAAAACCUCACUAUCACCAUGAUGACAGUAAAAUUGAUGAGUUUUUCACUCACGAUACACAUCACUUACAUUUAAAAAGAAUUUUAAAGAAUCUAAGAAAAUUAGAUUUUGUUCGUUACCAUAUGUAUUUCAAAAACUUUUUAUCACAUACCAAUAUAGUAGUAAAAAGAGAGUCAAUUAAUGGCGAAGGAUGGGAUAUAGUUGAUCAUCUCGUCGACCACUUUGAACCAUAA